AUGUCUUCUGAUCAAGCUGCUACGGAAUAUAAUCAGCUACAAGGCGAGCUGGAACAGCUAAUUGUCGCCAGACAAAAGCUUGAAAUACAACUGCAGGAAAAUAAAAUUGUUAAUAAGGAACUGGACGCAUUGAAGGACGAAUCAAAGAUCUAUAAGCUCACUGGUGGCGUGCUACUUCCUGUAGAACAGGAUGAAGCGCGCUCGAAUGUUACCAAGAGACUAGAAUUCAUUGAAGCUGAGAUCAAGCGCUGCGAAGACAACAUCAGAAAUAAGCAGGAGAACGUUGAAAAGGCGAAGAACGACCUCUUGAAAACCAUGCCAAAAGCCUGA